AUGGUGUCUCCUCCCCAGCUUUUUGCUCGCAGGUCCUACGAGUGCCGUACUCCGCGACUCCUCAUCCGGACUCCCACUUCUGUGGAUGAGGACGUAUAUUACACCCUCUCUACAAACCAAAAGAACUAUCCUUAUGAGAAGGCGGAGACCGAACUAACACGCGAAACCAUAACUGAAUUCAUCAAAAACAUGCCCAAUUAUUCUUCGGCUGGGGCUGCCGCCUUCUUUGUUAUAGAGCUACGUGAAACCGGUGAGGUGAUUGGGCUCUGCGGGUACAAUGCAUUCAAAUCUGAGAAACCCGCCGAGUUUCUGAAGAAGCCGGAGGCAAGUUCUGAGCCGAUGUUGCAGACUGACAUAGGUAUCACUAUUGACCAUAAGCACUGGAGAAAAGGCUAUGGCGUCGAAGCUUUCUGCGGUUUAGUCGAGUUUGCUCACCGAGAGCUUGACUGUAGGCUGUUUCGCGUCGAGACGGGUCUUACCAAUGAACCCUGGGUGAAUUUGAUGGAAAAGGUCGGUCUUUCUGUGUUCAAGAAGUCCGAUUGGUCUAUUGUUGAGGAUGAGAAGGAGGUCUGGGAUUGGCGCUUUGAUGUCGAAGAUUGGGCGAAAGCAAGGAGAGCCAUGGUGGAAACAGGCAAAUGGCCUCUUCCCUCUGCAUAG